AUGCUAAAAUAUUACACUUGUACAUUUUUAUGUUACAUUUGUCUCAUCAUUGUCACCGAGGCAAGAACAAGAACAAAGGAUUAUGAUAAAAACUUGGGCGUAAAAGCAGUAACAAGACUGUGUGGUAUGGAAGGAGAGGAAUGCAUGGAUGAUUUCAAUUGUUGUGAAGAGUAUGAAUGCAGCCCUGAUUUACAAUGUCAACUUAGAAAUGCUAAAAAUAAAAUUGUUGGAUCAUAUCGAAAUUUAUGUGUAGCUGAUUAUGAUUGUCCACCAGGAUGGUGUUGUGAAGGCAAACUAUAUGCACGUCGUUGUACACAAGAUUGUAAUAGAAAAACUGAACCAGAUGUUAUUCCAGCUGGAAGUUAUUAUGGACGACAAUUUUGGAAUUUAUGGGCACAUAAACGUCAUAUGGAUCGUAAUCAUUAUUGA